UAUAUUCUGACACAUAUUUUAACUAAGCAAUCGGCGACAUCAGCAUCUACAGUAACAAUUUCUCGACGAAUACGUAAACUCAGGUUGGGAGAUUCGCCGCUCCUCUUAGAAUCGAUCAUUAAACAAUAAAGAAACGGUGACCUGAGUACCAACAACAGGCUGCAUGCUGAACGUGCCCAUCGAAUUAUUUCACGCGCAAAACGUUUUUUUUUUGUGCCAGCCACAGCCGCACAUUCUACGAAAUUCGGCUCGUUCCGGCGUAAUUACUCGGAAUUCCACAUCUCAAGCGAAUUCCUUGCCAGCGGCAGGGACAACUGUCUCGCCAGUAAGUGUGGCAGGCAAGUCAGCGAUCAGAACGAUCCACGCACAUCGUCGGACUCGAGAAUCACAGAGGGAAGAAGAAGACGCAGCAGCAGUAGAAGCAGCAAAAGCAGAAGAGUGACCGCGAGGUGAGGCGGGGAAGCAGCAGUAGCAACCUUGGGAGAAGAGGCAACGCAGGCGGCGCCAUGAGCGUGGACACGUAUGCGCCCAGCUCGGCGCUAUCUUUCCUGGACAUGGACGACACCGAGUUAAUGCCAGGAGCAGAUACACAGCCGACGCAGUACGAUUAUCGUGACUUUACCAUGCCGUCCAAUUCGCAGAGUCAGCAGGGCGACCAGCAGCAGCUGGACCUGCACUCUCGCGGCCAAACGGGAGGCGGUGGGGACUCACAUCCGCGCCUGGCCAGCAUCACCAACGAUUUGGCCGACUUGCAGUUUGAGGAGGAGGACGACGACGCCGCCAGUUCGUAUGUAAAGGAGCUACCAGCGCAUGCGUGCAAAUACUGUGGCAUCCAUGACCCAGCCACAGUGGUGAUGUGCAACAAUUGCAAAAAGUGGUUCUGCAACGGACGGGGCAGCACCUCUGGUUCGCAUAUUAUCAACCAUUUGGUGCGGGCGAAGCAUCGCGAGGUAACCCUGCACGCCGACGGACCCCUAGGCGAGACCAUACUCGAAUGCUAUUCGUGCGGCGUGCGGAAUGUUUUCGUGCUGGGCUUCAUCCCGGCCAAGGCAGACUCUGUGGUGGUGUUGCUCUGCCGCCAGCCGUGUGCCGCCCAGAAUUCGCUGAAGGACAUGAACUGGGAUCAGGAGCAGUGGAAGCCACUAAUUGCCGAUCGUUGCUUCCUGCCAUGGCUGGUGAAGCAGCCGAGCGAACAGGGCCAGUUGCGGGCACGGCAAAUCUCGGCAGCCCAGAUCAACAAGCUGGAGGAACUGUGGAAGGAGAAUAUCGAGGCCACGUUCCAAGAUCUGGAGAAGCCGGGCAUUGACUCGGAGCCGGCGCAGGUGCUGUUGCGUUACAAGGACGGUUAUCAGUACGAGAAGACUUUCGGGCCGCUGGUCGACCUCGAGGCUGACUACGACAAGAAACUGAAGGAGUCUGCCACCCAGGAGAACAUCGAGGUGCGGUGGGACGUGGGCCUGAACAAGAAGACCAUUGCCUACUUUACGCUGGCCAAGACCGACUCGGAUAUGAAACUGAUGCAUGGUGACGAGCUGCGGCUGCGCUACGUCGGUGAGCUACAUAGUCCGUGGAGCGAGACCGGCCAGCUAAUCAAGGUGCCGGACAACUUUGGCGACGAUGUCGGCCUGGAGUUGAAGUCCUCCUCCAACGCGCCGGUCAAGUGCACCAGCAACUUCUCCGUGGAUUUUAUCUGGAAGUACACCUCCUUCGAUCGGAUGACCCGCGCCCUGAGCAACUUUGCCAUGGACCGCAACUCGGUGUCGAACUACAUCUACUCGCGCCUGCUGGGUCACGGCCGUGCCGAUGCCAACGACGAGGUGCUGUUUCGCGGUCCGCAGCCUAAGCUGUAUAGCGCACCGCAUCUGCCGGAUCUGAAUCGCAGCCAGGUGUAUGCCGUGAAGCAUGCCCUGCAGCGUCCCCUGUCCCUCAUCCAGGGACCGCCGGGCACGGGCAAGACGGUGACCUCGGCCACAAUAGUCUACCAGCUGGUAAAGCAGCAUGGGGGCACUGUGCUAGUGUGCGCCCCCAGUAACACGGCCGUCGACCAGCUCACGGAGAAGAUCCAUCGGACAAACCUGAAGGUGGUGCGGGUAUGCGCCAAGAGCCGCGAGGCCAUCGACAGUCCGGUAAGUUUCCUCGCCUUACAUAACCAGAUCCGCAACAUGGAGACCAACACGGAGCUGAAGAAGCUGCAGCAGCUCAAGGACGAGACCGGAGAGCUUAGUUCCGCGGACGAGAAGCGCUAUCGCAGUCUAAAGCGUGGUGCGGAGAACCAGCUGCUGGAGGCCGCCGAUGUCAUCUGCUGCACGUGCGUAGGCGCUGGAGAUGGGCGGUUGUCACGGAUCAAGUUCACCUCUAUCCUCAUCGACGAAUCGAUGCAGUCCACGGAGCCAGAGUGCAUGGUACCGGUGGUGCUGGGAGCCAAGCAGCUAAUCCUUGUCGGCGAUCACUGUCAGCUGGGUCCGGUGGUCAUGUGCAAGAAAGCCGCUCGCGCCGGCCUCUCGCAGAGUCUGUUCGAGCGCCUGGUCGUUCUGGGCAUCCGUCCGUUCCGCCUGGAGGUGCAGUACCGCAUGCAUCCGGAGUUAUCCCAGUUCCCGUCCAACUUCUUCUACGAGGGCUCACUGCAGAACGGCGUCUGCGCCGAGGAUCGACGUCUUAAACUGGACUUUCCGUGGCCGCAGCCGGAGCGACCUAUGUUUUUCCUGGUUACCCAGGGCCAGGAGGAAAUCGCAGGCUCCGGCACCUCGUUUCUUAAUCGUACCGAGGCGGCCAAUGUGGAGAAGAUCACAACGCGCUUCCUUAAGGCGGGCAUCAAGCCGGAACAGAUCGGUAUCAUCACACCGUACGAGGGUCAACGGGCCUACUUGGUCCAGUAUAUGCAAUACCAAGGCAGCCUCCAUUCGCGCCUGUAUCAAGAGAUUGAGAUCGCCAGCGUGGAUGCGUUCCAGGGACGUGAGAAGGACAUCAUCAUUAUGUCGUGCGUGCGCUCAAACGAGCGGCAAGGCAUUGGCUUCCUCAACGAUCCCCGACGCCUCAAUGUGGCCCUUACUCGUGCCAAAUACGGCAUCAUUAUCGUGGGCAAUCCCAAGGUGCUCGCCAAGCAGCAGCUCUGGAACCAUCUGCUCAACUUCUACAAGGACCGCAAGGUGCUCGUUGAGGGUUCACUGAACAACCUCAAGGAGUCCCUCAUCCAUUUCCAAAAGCCGAAGAAGCUGGUUAAUAGCAUGAACAUUGGGGCUCACUUCAUGUCUACCAUGAUGGCCGAUGCCAAGGAGGUGAUGGUGGCCGGCUCUAUCUACGAUCGUAGCGGUCGCCCGAUGCCAGGCCAGGCAGCAGUUAACGGCUCCCAGUUUGGUAGUGGCGGUGGAACUCCCUACGGCGGAGCCUCUCCCCUUGGUUACGGCGGUGGCCCCGCCGGCUCCAACUCCAUGCACGGCUACAGCCUGGGCGCUGUCGGUAGUGGCAAUAACAACUAUGGUGGCGGUGGUGCAGGCCCUAGUUGGGCAGCUGCUCACCUGCACCAUGACUCCAUUGGCUACAUAUCCAAUGAGCAUGGCGCCGCCGCUUUGGGUAACAUGCCCGUGCCCGUGGGCAUGUUCAUGAACAUGACCAAUCUGCCGCCGCGUUUCUAUAACCAACAUCAGCAAGCAAUCAUGGCCGCCAAGCAGAAUCGACCCAUGCAGCAGCAGCUGUCCGGCAACUUCCCCUCAAACGCUGGCACGGUCAGUGGAGGCGGCGCCGCAGGAGGAGCCGUCGGUUCGGGAAAUAAUGCACAGUCUGGCGGCAACAAGAAAUCCAAUAAGCUGGGCAAGCUACGGACAUCGAGUGGACAAGCAAGUGGCGCCGCAGCAGCGGUUGGAGGACCAACCAGCGGUGGUAGUGUGACUCCAUUUACCCAGCAACCGGUGCCAUUGUCGCUGCAAAUGACGCAGCCAAGCGGAUUUGCUUUAUCGCAGCAGCCGGAGCUAUCGCAGGACUUUGGACAAAUAUCACAAAUGGACGGUUUGCUCUCCCAAGAUGUGGCCUUUAACGUGUCGGGCGAACGCAGUUUGAAUCAGUUCUCACAGCCUUAUUGAGAAUCCGGCCGCCGCGGGUGCACUACCAAAAUACAAACGAUUACAAAGCAAGCAACCCAAAUGAAAAAAAAACAACAAAC